AAUCGGCGCAACAGCUGGGAAACCCCACCACCACCACCACCCCUCGCCUCUGGACGCGCAGCUGCCUCCGUCAGGCUCUCUCUUCCCCGCCUCGCGCAAGCGCCACAAGCCGCCGGUUCCGACCGGGGAGCGCUGCUGGGAGGAUGCUCCGCGCCCGGUAAAGCUGUGCGCCUUGCGGCUCUCCCCCCCACCGGGGCCGGGGGCGCAGGAGGCGCGCCGCCACCGCCAUGCGCCAAGCUUUGGCUCCGCCGCGCUCCAGUGCGAUCCCGCUCUCCACCUCGGUCGGGUCUUUCAACAGAAGGAAGCGAAAUUCCGUCUAUGUCACUGUGAGCCUCCUCAUCGUCUCGCUCCUAAUUCUCACCGUAGGCCUCGCGGCGACCACACGAACUCAAAACGUGACCGUUGGGGGUUAUUACCCGGGAGCUAUUCUGGGCUUUGGAUCGUUUCUUGGCAUUAUCGGAUCCAAUUUGAUAGAAAAUAAAAGACAAAUGCUGGUCGCCUCCAUCGUCUUCAUCAGUUUCGGGGUCAUCGCUGCCUUCUGCUGCGCGAUUGUGGACGGCGUCUUUGCUGCCAGGCAUAUUGACUUGAGGCCACUUUAUGCAGGACGUUGUCACUACUAUGCCAAAAGUACCACCCAGCCCAAAACCGUUUGCCACCCGCAGCCUCGGAGUUCCUGCGUUCCAAAAAUCAGAACCAACACCUGCUUUUGUUGCGACUUGUACCACUGCGGAAGGAAGGAGAUUUCCGGCGGCUAUUAUGAAUUCAUCGAUGUCAACAGUUGCCAAGAUAUCGUCCAUCUCUAUCAUUUGUUGUGGUCGGCAACAGUGUUGAAUAUCUUGGGUUUGGUUUUAGGCAUCAUCACGGCGGCCGUCCUGGGUGGUUUUAAAGAUAUGAUUCCCGCUCAUCCGACUCUUACCUGCACGGUUGAAAACACCCGGCCCGCUGUGUCCUAUUACUCACGACCCCAGGUGACCUCGUAUAACACCUAUCACAGCACGCCUCACCUGCCGCCGUAUUCAGCGUAUGACUUCCAGCAUUCCAGCCUCUUUGCAACCUCCAGCCCAUCCGGCCUGCCGGAGGAUCUGCUCUCGUUACCGCCCUCGCCGAGCUUGGUCUGGUCCCCAACUGGUGCCCCACCUCGUUACUCCCCACCGUAUUUUCCACCUUCCGAAAAGCCGCCCCCUUAUUCACCGUGAAGACCGAGGAGAAGGGGGAAGAGGAUGCAGCCACCUUGAACUACACACAAAUCUUUGGAAGAAGCAAACCGGCACGCCGGACCUUUCCUCAGUUUCCCUUCUGUACCGGGAGCCUUGCAUCCAUCACUCUUGAGCUGGGGGGGGGCUCAAAAUUUGACCACUUUUAAAACAUGUGGACUUCCGACGCCCAUGGCUGACUGGGGCAUUCUGGGAGUUGAAGUCCACACGUCUUAAAAGUUGUUGCCGAGUUUGGAGAGAUCCCUGCUGAAGGGUGAUCAAAAGUGCCCUGGAUCCUCGCUUGUUUUUAAAAUGACGGUGGGAGAUUUAACCGUGGCCUAUUUUUUUAAAAAAAGAAUUAGCUUUCUUCUCGUGCUCUCUUUGAGCGAAUUGCUUGUUAAAAAUAGCCUUUUGGUGAUCUGGGAAUUAACUUCAGCUCCUCAAAAAUUGGACGCCUUGGUCAAACUGUCGAAUGGACAGCGCCGUGCAUUUCCCAAACCGGCAAAUUUAUUUAUUUGACCCAAAUGACUCUGCGAAUUGGAAUCCCUGUGGGUUUACGAUAAGACUCCUACAAAGCCCAUCAUUGUUCACCGCUAGAAAUGAUGGGAAGUUCAGCCCUGUAGCCGAAGGAGCAAAAUUUCUCUCCUGUUCGUUUCGAGAAAGUCGGAGUGCAUGAAAUUAAUUCUUUAAAACAGGGUGUGGAGAACGGAGAGACAGCCGAACGACAAAUCUGCAAAAUGGCCAAGAAUGAAUGCAGGGUGGUUUAUGGAUUUCAGUCCUGCUGAUUGAAGAGGCAGCCCUAUCCUGACACCCAGUGGUAGAUUCAUCGGAGUUGUGCUGGGAAAUUAAAAAAAAAAACAGAUUUCUUUUCUUUGAAAUAAGAGAAAAGCUAUCCCGGUGUUAUUCAACCUUGGCACCUUUAAGAUUUGUAGACUUCAACUCCCAAGAACUCCCCAGCCAUUGGGAAAACUAUAUGCUACUGAAACUCUUAUUGUGGUGGUCUUUAACUGGAUGAAACAGUGCCUCAUAGGGUACCUGUUUUUGAACCAAGGUACCUCAAAUGGACUAAUUUACAGAAAUGUGUCCAAAAUCCAGGACCUAUCACUUCUUUAGGGAAUGAAAUUUGGGGAGAUUGUGACUGCUUCGGUUUUAUCAAUUGCUGCGGUCCUGCAGGGAUGCUGCUGCGGUGAUGAGAUCUUCCUUUUCAAUGUUCCGUGACAGUUUCCCAGGCAGUCUAGCAAUCCCUUGCUGCCUCCUCCACCUAACAGCAGCCUGGUACGGGGAGGAAAAAAAAAAGAAUUGGUCCCAUCAACAGCUAUAGCCAUUACAUCUAAAUUUGAGGUUUCUUUAAAAAAAAAAGAAAAAAGACUUGGAACAGGUGCCUCUUUUAUACGUGUGUGAGUGUGCAUGUGCACACCUGGAAACUUUGCAUGAAUAAAUGAAUAUUUCUACCGC